AUGGCGAAGGGAUCUAAUGUAGUCAAAUAUUUCUCACCAUAUUUUUUUGUGUUGAUAGAGGGAUUACCUGAGUUAUUUGUUACAAGUUUGCUUUGGCAAGUUAUGGAAUUUAACAGAACCAUAAUCGCUACACUCAAUGAAGAAACCAAGACUCAACAUGAAAUUUUGACGAGAGAGCUAUUCAUCGAGAUGUUAAUUCGGGAAUCUAAAUUAAAUAAUAGUAAUUCUUUUGAGUCAUCCGAUAUUCCUUCAGAUUUUAUAACCUUAGUCACUACUGAUUUUAUUAAUAAUAUUGAUGAAUCUAACGAGAAAGCAGAACUUGGAAUCUCCAAUUCAUCUUCUAUUACCAAUAAAAACAAACUUAUAUGGAUAAGUUUUGGGAGGUGGUUUGGGAUGAAAGAACUGAUUAAACAGAGAGAUAUACGUCGACAUCUAAAACAAAAAUGGAAGAGACUUCAACACGCUCUAGAUUUGCAAAAUGAUGCGAAUCUACAAGUUAUCACAAAGAUGAUUACUGCGUGUAUUACCCUAAAUCUGGAGUGUGUUGUGGAUAUGGAUAACAAAACGUUAAUUCAUCUGGAGUUUCUAGAUAAUCUAGGUGCCGUUAUCAAAGCAACCGAAGCUAUUAAUUU